AUGGCAAGUGCAGGGAGCCGUUGUAUCACAGAGGAACCUGUAGACUGGGCUGAUGGGUUUGUGGUGGUGUACAACAUCAGUGACCGGUCCUCCUUCCUCCAUGCCAUAGACAUCCUGCGGCAAAUCAACGAGGCAAGGGUGGAACCAUGCAAAGGGGAGACAGAGGUGCCAGUCUGCUUGGUUGGGAACAAGCAGGACUUGUGUCAUGCCCGUCAGGUGUAUGAGGAGGAGGGCCGCUCCCUGGCACUGGACAACAACUGUCACUUCCAGGAGGUGUCUGCCUCAGAGGGAUACCAGGAGAUUGAGAACCUUUUUACCUGGCUUAUCCGCCAAGUGAUGGAGCAUCUCAAGUAUCGAUCAGACCGCCGACGUUACAGUGGGUCAAAGACCAUGUCCAAACUAAUCAACAAUGUCUUUGGCAAGAGGAGAAAGUCUGUAUAGCCUAAAUAUGGACCACCAGAAACAAAUAAUCUGUGAUAUUAUUUUGUUGUAUUCCACACAAAUUUAAUUUCUGUGAUAUUAUUUUUGUUGUAUUCCACACAAAUUUAAUUUCUGUGAAUUUAUUUCAUACUUAGGCUAGAAUACCUUAUAAAACCUC